AUGUCUAAUAAUACGGAUAAGCCAUCACAUGAUGAAUGUGGAGAAGAAAGCAAGAAACAAGGAAAGGCUCAAUUGGCAGUUGUGGACAUCUUUGGUUGGAAAGAGACUGGUCUAGGAUGGGAUACUGUGAAGAAAACCAUCAAUUCUAGCAAUGAAUGGUGGGACAAGAAAGUGAAGGAGACUCCUGAAGCAGCAAAAUUUCGAACAUGUGGAUUGAAACAUGCUGAUCAAUUAGACAUUUUAUUUAAGGAUAUUGCUAUGACGGGUGAUGGAGCUUGGGCACCAUCACAAGGUUUUGUACAUGAUGUUGAGAAUGAACUAACUCAUCCAACUGAAAAUAGUCAUGAAGAUGGUGUGUAUGACUUGGAGAAUGGUCUGGAGUUUAAUGAGGCCACCUAG